AUGACAGACUCCACAGGCCCAGCUCCAAAGAGCAAGCUCCAAGGCAAGGUGGCUAUAAUCACUGGCGGAGCAAGCGGCAUGGGCGAGGCCACGGCGCGCCACUUUGCCACUCACGGCGCAAGAGCCAUCGUCAUCGCCGACGUCCAAGACGAGAAGGGCCAAAACGUCGCUGCAUCUAUCGGCCCCAACAUAUGCACCUAUGUCCACUGCGAUGUCAGCGACGAGGAACAGGUGAAAACAUUGGUAGACUCCACAGUCAAUACGUACGGACGCGUCGACAUCAUGUUUAGUAACGCGGGCAUGGCUCGAGCGACCCACACGUGCGAUCAGACCGUGUUGGACGUAGACUUGUCGGCUUACGACAAGCUCAUGUCGGUGAACGCGCGUGGGAUGGUGGCGUGCGUGAAGCACGCGGCGAAAGCGAUGGUGGAAGGGCGCGUGAGGGGUAGCAUAAUUUGCACAGCAAGCAUGGCGGCGAGUAUGGGUACGGACAGGUUUGUCGACUACGUGAUGUCAAAGCAUGCAGUGUUGGGGUUGGUGAGGUCUGCGAGCUUGCAAGUGGGUUCAUAUGGGAUACGCGUGAAUUGUAUUUCACCCGGGGCAGUUGGGACGCCAUUGCUGAAGGAGAUGUUGGGGUUUGAAAAUGAUGAGGAGGUAGAUAAGGUGGUAGAGUUGAGUUCGAACUUGAAAGGUGGGGUGUUGAGGCCCAAAAAUGUGGCAGACGCUGUGGUGUUUCUUGCUUCUGAAGAUUCCCAAUUUGUCACUGGCCAUAAUUUGGUGGUAGAUGCUGGGUUUAGAGUCUAG